GCUGCGCCCAUGAGCUUUCUUAUUUCGCCAGAAGAAGAAAUUUAUAUUUAGAUGUAAUGAUGUGAUCUAAAGAAUGACAAGUAGUGUAUCUCGUCUUAACAAAUAAGAUAACAGAUAUGCUUUAGUCUGAUUGUGGGAAUUUAUCGAACAAUCAAAAAUGGCUGAAAAAAUGAAGGACGCAUUCGAGUUCGUAAUCGUCGGUGGAGGGAUUGCAGGAGUGAGCUGUGCUGAAAUGCUGUCGUCUCAGUGUCCUGAUGUUGAAAUUCUACUCGUUACUGCCUCCCCACUCAUCAAAGCCAUCACGAACUACAAAAAGAUAUCUAAAACAUUGGAAGAAUUUGAUGUAGAGGAACGACCUUGGAUGUCAGUACAGCAGGACUGUCCCAAUGUCAAGGUCAUUCAGACAGAGGUCACGGCACUGGAUGCUGAAGAACAUAUGGUAACAGUGCGUGAUGGACAGACGUUUCACUACAAACAACUCUGUAUUUGUUCCGGAGGCCGACCUAAGGUCAUUGCAAAGGACAACCAAUAUGUUCUGGGUAUUCGUGAUACACAAAGUGUCAAGGAGUUUCAGAAACAUCUACACCAAGCCCGUAGAAUAUUGGUUGUAGGAAAUGGAGGGAUCGCAACAGAACUUGUGUAUGAAGUUCAGGGUUGCGAGGUGGUCUGGGCCAUCAAAGACAAGUCUAUAUCUAGUGCCUUCGUUGAUGCUGGAGCGGCAGAGUUUUUCUUACCGAAACUUAAUUCGGAGAAAGACGAGGGAAGCAAACCCUCAAAACGUCUUAAAUAUACCUCCGAAGAUAACAACCUUCAAGAGGAACCAAAAGAAGAAACAUUUGGGGGUGCCCUUGGUCCAGAUUGGUCAGCAAAUCUAAAAAUGACCGGUCAACAGGAAAUAUCACAUCAGGUUCACGUGGAGUACAGAGUAGAGGUGAAGGUCAUCCACACUGCUGAUGACUUCGUUGCCAAGGGAAUGACUGACUCUACUCCGCCAGGCUUUACUCAGGAACAAUGGCCAGUCUAUGUGGAACUGACCAAUGGUCAAGUAUAUGGCUGUGACUUUGUGGUCAGUGCAACAGGUGUGGUCCCAAACACCCAACCCUUCAUCACACAUAACCAGUUCUCAGUAGCAGUAGAUGGUGGAUUGUUGGUAACCGAGAGGAUGGAGACUACAGUCCCUGAUGUGUAUGCUGCGGGAGAUGUCUGUAGUGCUAAUUGGACACCCUCACCACACUGGAUGCAGAUGAGGCUGUGGACCCAGGCCAGACAGAUGGGUGCAUAUACAGCUCAGUGUAUGGUGGCCAAAGUCAGGGGUGAGGUUAUCUCCCUUGACUUCUGCUUUGAAAUGUUUGCACAUGUCACCAAGUUUUUUGGAUUCAAGGUGAUUUUGCUGGGGAAAUUUAAUGCUCAGGGUUUAGAAGGUAACCAUGAACUGCUGUUACGGAUGACAAAAGGUAAGGAAUACAUCAAAGCGGUACUAAAAGAUGGUACAAUGCAGGGUGCCAUCCUUAUAGGAGAGACGGAUCUGGAAGAGACAUUUGAAAAUCUUAUUCUCAACCAGAUAGACUUGACACCCUUCAAGGACGACCUUCUUGAUCCUAACAUCGAUCUUGAGGAUUUUUUUGACUGACAGCUGCUCUUUGAAAUACUAGGGGUGCUAAUGGAAGAAAUAGACGUCCUCAUAAGAUACAAGUGCUGCUAAUAGGAAAUAGGACACCUCCCUAGUGUUGUAGGUUUCACCUUGUCAGUUUCGGUGAAAGAAGACAGCAAAAAGUGUGGAAUCCAUUUAGCAGCGUUUGUAUUUCAUCAAUAUCUUUGUCACUUUAACUGGAACCAGUUGUCUGAGUAAAUAUUUUCUCUCUUUAACCUCACAGUCAACACAACAGAUACAAAAUAAUUAUGUUUCCAUGGAAGGUUUGUCAAAAAUUUUCACGGCAACCAGCUGGAUUCAAUAUCUAAAAAUCUGUAAUUUUUAUAUUAUCAGGGUUUUUUUUGUUUUUUUUUUAUCAGUUUGAGUCCUAAAACAAAUACAUUUUUUUUUUUCAAAUUUCAAGUUUUUAAUGCAUCAACGAAUUUGUGUAUAAUUGCUAUUGAGCCUUUGAUUUUACUUGUGAUGUUGAGAUCCUGAACAAAUAUAUUUUAGAAAUAGGCUUUUACUAUUUCUGGAUAAAAUAUUUAAAAAAAAACUAACUGAUUAGGCCGUUGGCUGUCCUUACUAUCGUAAUUACCGGAAUUGCCCUUUUAAGGGCACAUCCACCAGUACAUGUACCUAGCUUCCUGGAAAGGGGAAGGAUGUGCGUAAUGAAGCACGUAAAAAUAUUGUUUACCUCACUGAUCUGCCAAUACAAUCUUAAGGUUUUAAAUAAAAAGUAUUGGAAAAUGAAAAAGAGAGUCUAUAAAAUAUGGGUUUUUUUUUUUAAACCAGAGUUCAAAUGAUAAUAAUUUUAUCAAGCUCACCCCUAUUGCAGUUUUGCAAUGAUGUUUUAGGUCAACUUUGGUAAUUCAGGCAAAUUUGUUUGUACCCUUUAUGAUUGGAAAAUACACUUCUGUACCUCUGUUUUAUAGGAGAUAUUUUGGAUAUACAAUGUUAUUUAUUUUUAUGAAUUGUUGUCUGAUUAAAUGAAACAACGCUAUGUU